ACCCGCGACGUCAGCUGUGCGAUGAGCUUCCAGCGCUCCUGACACUGACGCUGCCGCUGGGCUGGGCUGGGCUGCACUCGGGCAGCUCUAACAGAGAAAGAAGGCUUUAAGUCCUUCCAUAGGACUGUUAAUGCGGAAUCUUCCCCACCAUGGACUCCUACCAGCGAUUUAGUGACGAGAACUACAAGAACUGGCUGAAAGCCGCGGAGAGCCUCUACAUACUGAGGAACUACAUUCGCGAUUUCGUCGAAAAGGAAACCGAAACUUACCACAGCUCUCUUCGGGAAACUCUGAAGGGGGGGACCUGUGCAAAAAAAUGCAAAAAGUCACCUCUAUGUGAGAAGUGUAAUCUGUGGAAAGAAGAGAUCUUGCGGCGUCGUGUUGGAAAGGGUGCUCUGGUACACUGGGAGAACGUCGAGCCACAUCGCUGGCCUACAGAAAAAUGGGAAGUGGCCAAGGUGUAUAUGCCACGUGGACAAAGUGGGCAUCGCCGUUUUGAAGAGUUUGACAUUGCUGCUAUUCUGAACUUCAUGGCUCAGUGCAAGCAUUUUAAAAAGUUUCACCAAGGCCAGCUCAUGACCAAGGUCAUCAACUUGAGGAAUACGGUGAUGCAUUCCCCUGAGUUUAGGCUCAACAAGGAAAAGAUGAGCAAUGGCAGAAAUAAUGUUCUGUUGCUGGCAGAGCUUCUAGGGACCUGCAUACCUAAACUGCAUGAGACCAUAUCAGAGGAGAUAAAGCAGUUUGAUACAGUUUUGGAAAAUUAUCCUGGUCAAGUUUCCCAAGUGAAUUUCAAGACAGAAAAUCUGAAGCUGCUGGAGAGAGAACAGCAGGCCCUGAAGGAAAAGAUUGAAUUCCUCGCCCAACGUUAUGACGCAGACCAACAAAUAGAAAUUAAAGAAGAACUGCAGGGUAUGAAGAAUUUCCUGGACCAAAACAAAGAUCUCCUGGAGAGCCUGAGGCCUCAAGUGAACCGGCUAAAUGAGAUACAGGAGACAGUGGAGAAGCAUGAGUUCCAGCUUGACAAUCUGAAUAACAGGGUUGGAAAUCUGGAGAAGGUUACGCAUGACCCAAUGUUCAGUGAUGAUCCACUCAAGUUCAAGAAUCAUCUGAUCGAACAGGCUCGAAAAAGGAAAUGGCCAGAACCUUUGUUUACAGAAGAACUUGAUGCUAAUGGUUAUAGAGGUCGAGUGGUGGUGAAUGGACGCACCUUUACUGGUUUACAAGUGUGUAAUAACAAAAGGAGAGCUCACCAAGAGGUGGCCAAAAUAGCUCUGGAAAACCUCAAAUCUGAGUUUGAGGACACAGAAGAGGCAUCAACAAGUGCAUCAUUGAUAUCCAGUACAUCAUCUACAAGCAGCCUCUUUUAUGGCACUGUGGCUGUGGUCCUCAGCAAAGAGGUUUGUUCUGAUGGGUUUGUAAAAGAGGAUGAAGCCCGUGAAUCAGCGUACACAAACCUAGCUCGACAAUUCGGCCUGAAUGAUCCUGGGACUGAUAGUACUUUCAGGACAGUGGUCCUGGAACAUUUGGCUAAAUGUGGUAUCCAGCCACCAUUGGAAAUCACAAGUCAACAGGAUGAUAAGAAUUUCUGUAAACUUCAAUUUACCUUUUGUGACAAAGAUGGCUCCACAACGAAGAGAAAAGCGGAACAGCAAGCGGCUAAGGUUGCACUACAACAGCUGUCUGGGUUCUUUAACUGUAGUUCUGAUGAUGUUCCUGAUGAAAACUUCAAAGGCUUUCUGAAGGAACGUCUGGAUGCUCUUGGCAUGGUGAACCCUGUCUACAAAGCUGAACAAAAUAAGCCCCCUGAAGAUGCAGGGACCUCCAGCACCAGCAGAGAUGCAGAACACAUAUCCAGCACACAGCCAACACACGACCAAGAGAAUACUAGCCUUCAACCAAAGGACAGUCUUGCUGUUGUCCAGCCUCCACCCACAACACCCUCAGGCUGUGCUGCUGUCGGGCUUAAAAUGGAGGCUUGCGACUCCUGCCCUGCACCCAUACCAAGAGAAGUGAUCAUGGAGGAUCACACAGGCAACCUCUUUUAUGGCACUGUGGCUGUGGUCCUCAGCAAAGAGGUUUGUUCUGAUGGGUUUGUAAAAGAGGAUGAAGCCCGUGAAUCAUCGUACACAAACCUAGCUCGACAAUUUGGCCUGAAUGAUCCUGGGACUGAUAGUACUUUCAGGACAGUGGUCCUGGAACAUUUGGCUAAAUGUGGUAUCCAGCCACCAUUGGAAAUCACAAGUCAACAGGAUGAUAAGAAUUUCUGUAAACUUCAAUUUACCUUUUGUGACAAAGAUGGCUCCACAACGAAGAGAAAAGCGGAACAGCAAGCGGCUAAGGUUGCACUACAACAGCUGUCUGGGUUCUUUAACUGUAGUUCUGAUGAUGUUCCUGAUGAAAACUUCAAAGGCUUUCUGAAGGAACGUCUGGAUGCUCUUGGCAUGGCGAACCCUGUCUACAAAGCUGAACAAAAUAAGCCCCCUGAAGAUGCAGGGACCUCCAGCACCAGCAGAGAUGCAGAACACAUAUCAGGCACACAGACACAGAAGCACGGAAAAGAGAAGGACAGUGUGGCUGUUGUCCAGCCUCCACCCACAACACCCUUAGACUGUGUCAUCGGACUGACAACAGAAACUCGGGACUCCAACCCUUCACUCAUACCAAGAGAAGUGGACUUGCAGGAUCAUACAGAGAUCAAAUCCCUUCUGGCCGUGUAUCACCUCAAGCCUCCAUCUGUAACAGUUGAGCGUGUUUGCACUAAUCAGAAUUUCAGCCUUACAAUGAACAUCAACUUGGACAAAUUCACCUUUAAGAACAGCAAUGUCUACACCUCUAAAAAAGAUGCCAUACGCAAAACCUAUUAUUCACUCGGGUGUGCGUUGGGAGUUUUCCAGAAAGACACAGAUGAAAGUAAGGCAACUAUGUUGGUGAAACAAGAUUUUUCACAGAAGUCUCUCACUCAUCCUAAGGAAGACAUUAAGGAUGAUAAGAAUUUCUGCUGCUCCCUUACCGAGAUAACAUACAGCUUAGUCUGUGAUGGACAAGGCUCCUCAGAAGCAAAGGCAAAACAAGACGCUCUGCAGAAGGCCCUGUGCACUCUGCCCUUGCUCUUCGGUCAUGAGGCCUUGCCUGCAUCCAGCAGCACUGAGGAAACUGAAUUCCAGAUUAAUACCUUACUGAGAAAUGCGUGCCAGAAAGAUCUCGCUUUCUCUCUCAAACCCAACCAGCACAAUAUCUCUGUUGACCUCCGAUUCAAAGACUUUAUCAUGGCUAGCAAAAGCCAAAGGACCAAAAAGGAAAAUCGAAAUCUUCUCAGCAAACGUAUUCUGGGUCUGCUGGGGGAGGAGACAGAACCACAUUGUCCAUCAUUAAGAAACUGCUUAGAUGACUGGUUUAAACAAAGAAAUCUGCAGCAGCCUGUGUUUGAGGAUACGGAUGAGGCACAAGGAUCUAAAGCUACUUUUUCAGUUGAACUGUCCUUUAGACAUCCAGACUGGGAAGACAGCAUGGAGAAUGCGAAGAAAAAUCUGGUCCAGGAGCUUGAGAAAAGGUUUAAGUAUUUGAUUGACCAAAGCAAACAGGAUUAAUGUCAUCUACUAAGUAUGCACUACCAAGUUGAUCUUAAAUGUACUUUUUCAAGUGAAAAGGAAGCUUUUAGAAUCUAUGCACUUUAAGUAGGGUAUGAACAAAACACAAGGCUUAUGUGAGGCACUUAGAGCUAUAAUCUGGAUUCACUGCUUCUGGACUGGAGUUUUUAAAACCUGUAUCAAUUAGGAGGCAGUUUUAGUAACAGUUGAGAUGAAAUCUUACAGUCUUUUACAAGUUAACUCAUCAUUAUCUGAAAUUUUUGCAUUAACUUUGGUCUCUCUUUUGUCUGAACUUUCCUGAGCACAAAUCAGAACAAGCUCUGGCAUUUGAACUGAUAAUACUAAAUGUAGUUGUCAGACAUAAAUAGGUUACAUUGCCUAUAAGUGCUGAACUUAAUGGUUUUUAAAACAAUAAUGUUUUUUUAAAACAACAUGUGACGCAUUUUAAUGCAUUUUCUUUACAUUUUAAGGGUGAGAUUCUAACUUUAUGUCCAGUUAAGUGAAAUAUUAUACUGCAUUUUAAACUUAGGAGCAUGUUUUUUAUUCACUCCAGCAGGGGUGCAGAACUCGGUCCCAAAGGGCUGGUGUUUAGCAUAGUUUGGUGGUUCCUCUACUCAAACACACAUCCAAAACCUGGCAAUUGACAGAUGAGUUGAAUCAGGUAUGUUUGAGCAGGAACAUCACCAAAUUGUACUGGACAAGCCCCCCACGCAGAUGCCAUUUAAGUUGUCAUUAAUACAUUUUAUAUGUUAGUGCUGCAAAUAUUAAUGGUCCUAGGACCAUCUUGUAGAUUUUCAAAGGGGUUUAGGUCAGAGGACUGGGGUGACCAUGUCAAAAUGUCAAAAGCUUGAUUCUGUGGUUAUUGAACCCUUUUUGUGUGGAUUGUUCUGCUGGAAACAUCCAACCUUUACCCAGUUUUAGUAAUGCGUGUGUGUCAGAAGUGGGUUCCCAGGGCUUUUGGAGGGAAAAGCAGCCCCAAAACUUUCUCUACUCUAGAGACCAUCUGCUAUACUUCAGAGUGAGGAUGAGGUUCUUUUCAGUGUAAUCAUCUUUCUUUUUACAUCAAACAUACCUUGAAUGUUUGUUGCCAAAUAGCUCUAUUUUUGUCUCAUCUGACCAUAGAAACCUGUUUUGGUAGAGUCUUGAGAACUCCAAGUGCUUAUAUAUUUUUUUCUGUCAUGUCUUCCAAAACUUGUUGGCUUGGAGGUGGUGGAGCCGUGAUGAACCUUUCAGUCUGGGCCAUCUGUGGUUAUUUGGAAAAUUACACAGAAGCUGCAUUGAAAACUGCAUACUAUCAUACACCUCAAUUACUAAUACAUUCAUUUACAUACGUAUUAUGUAAAGCACAGCAUGUGGAGCUGGACUGACCAGAUGCUUUAUCAUGUACUAGUCGGUCAGUCAGUCCACUUACAAAAUAUAUUGCGGAUACUGCCCUACAUGAAUUCAUCUCAAAUAAAGCUUUAGAUGAUGAAGCUUCAUAUAUGAAAUAUGUCUUUUGGUAACUCCUGGAAACUAUGACAAAAAAUAUUUAAGCUUGGAUGAGAAACCAAACAUUUGAGUGUGACUUUUGAACAUCAGCCAUUUUCCUGUCCUGUGUCUGUAGAAAAUUAGUCUUAAUAUGGUAUUUGCUGUAAAGUAUGGAGUGGAUGAAUAUGAAUAUUUGAAUAUACUUUUUACGAAUCUUUACAAACAUGGUGGGAUAAAUGUCAUGAAUGUCAAUUUCAAUGUCAGUAUUUUGUGAAAUUGUUGAAGCAUGAGGAUGGUAAAUUAUAUAUCGGCCAAGCUUUUUGCUCACUGACACAUUUGUGGAAGAGAUACUCGUCUGCAUUCCUAAAUAUUUGAAGUGUUGACUGGAUAGUAGAGCCGUAAGUUGCUGAGAAAACAGAAAUAAAUGAUCAUGGGGAAACAGUA